AUGGUGGAGCAACCGCCCCCCUCAGCACCAGCGGCUGCGGCUGGGCGAACAGGGCCGCUGAGUGCGCGCCCCCACGGUGCCGUCGCGCAGCUGGGGUCGACAGCAGCGAAAACGGCAAGGAACGACGGUGAUGCGGUGGAUGCUUUGGGGGGUCUUGCGACAGCGGGCUACGCCUCCUCCACACGGAACUUUGCCACCAGCCGGAAGGUGCAAAAGUUGCUUGACAUCACUGUCAACGACAACUUCCGCGAUCUCGUGCUUUACAUGAAUGACGCCGUCCCUGAGUUCCUGGAAAACUUUCUGCCGCCUCCCACCGAUGUGUCAACCGUGGCGGAGGAGAAGGCCGCUUCGCAAAGGCGCUCACCCCAACAACCGCCGCCGGUGGCCUCCAUAUCUUCUUCAACCGCGCUGCGAUCUGCUUUGGAAGGUCGUGCCGUGGACCUGCACCGCUGCUUCUUGCAGGAGUGGGCGACCCUCAACGGCGUCUUUGAGGAGGUCUCCGACACGGUUUCGAAGGUGAACCAGGAAACCGAGGUGCUUCAGACCACCCUCAACGCACAUGCGGCACGAACAAGGGAUUUUGUGGCUCUCAUGACGACCCUUCAGGCGGAGCUAUCGCUAGUGCAGCAGCGCGAGAGGGAGAUGCGGGAAUUUCAGGAGAAGUACCACUUUGGCGCGGAGGAGCAGGAAAUUCUUAAUGAGAGUCCGGUGGACGCCGCCUACCUCGACGUCCUGCAGAGUGCGCAGAAGACACACCGAAGGUGCCGCGAGUUACUGCUCUCACGUGAGCACUACCAAAGUGCGGCGUCCAUGAUGGAUAUUACGUAUUUGGCAAUCAUGAAGGGGACGGAGAAGGUUGCACGCUAUUUAAUCUCUGCCUCUGCAGCCGUGCCAGGCGCUGUGGGCUUUGGCGCUGAUUCGCCCGAGUUGACGAGUUUCUGCCUGCGGUGCGUCAACUUUUUGCGGGAAGAAAACAUCAGUCAGUGGACGGCAGUGGUGGAGGAGGUGGCGCGGCUGCGGCGUGCCGCGGUGUUGCGGCAGUACUUUCAUCUCAUGACAACUGGCUCUGCGACAACAUCGGCCGGCACGUACCGUGCAGGGGGCAAAGGCAGCGAGGCGUCAAACGCCACUGGCGGGGCGCGGCCCCUAGAAGCAGAAAUUGGCAAUCCAAUAUUCUUCUUCAGCUCACUCUUCGCCUGGCUUCAUCAGGUAAUUGUGGACGAAGGGGAUUUUCUAGGCGCGUUUUUCCCACCUCGGUCCCCGCAAGGGGUGUCUGCGACCACGCCGACAGUUGCGGGCUCUGCCGAGAAGGCUGCGGCUGCGGCUGCGGCCGACGCGGGUGAACACGACGACGCAUUGCCACAAGAAGACGUGCCUGGGCACGCCGAAAAUUCAGAGUUGCCGCUAACAAAAGCCACCGUGUUGGACUCCGUCUUUGAGGUGCUCUGCAAGCACAUUCAGAGUGUACUGGAGGGCGUGCUGGAACGCUUCUUGCGCCAAGCAUCGAGUCUUCAGGAUGGUGAUACUUCCGGUGUGGGGGGUGGUGGUGGCGGCACCGGCGUGCUCUCUAGCCCCUCCGGCCCGAUUGGCCUCACCGGCGGAAUCACGCGGUGGUUCUCUGCGGCAACGGGACUUGUGGCGUCGUUGGCGCCCAACUCAGCGAGCGGAGUGCAGCGCUAUCAACAUGUGCUGAACCGCUUGCAGCAGGAAGCGCUUGUGGGGGCUACGCUCGUGGGGCUCACCAGCGGGCUUCGCACAGCCCAUGCCCUUCUGCAGCUUUUCACGUAUUACGGCCAUAGCACUUUCAUCGCCCUCCUCGGACGCGAGGCGGGGCUCACGCGGCUCGUCGUGGAUGAUGCGAAGCUGCAACUUCUUCGCGUGUACCACACCAUCGCCAAACAGCUCAUGGAACACUCGCUGGAUAGUGUGGCCAGCGUCGUGAGUCGCUGCGCCGUUUUGCGUCGUCUGGCCUCGGCGGAGGCGGCGACUGCGAGGGAGGCGGCCAAAAAAAACGGUGACGCGGCGGCGGAGUUCGUGACGAAUUUUCUCUUUCUCUACGCCGCUGAGGGCGACGUGGACGCGGACGGUGUCGUGCUUCACGACGACCGCCUCAAACCGCCGGAGCCGCAAGAGCGACAGGCGCAGCAGCCUUCGCCCGCCGCGGGGGGCGUCGCCUCCCCUGGCAAUCGCAGCGUCAGCGAGAACCCGUACCACCGCAGUGGGCUCUCGAAGCGACAGGCGCAGUGCGUAGAUCUUCUGCGGGUGCUGUACUCCAUGGUUCUUCCCACCCCUCCGGAGGUGGAGGAAUGCCUACACGUCCUGCAAGCCACGAUGGUUGAAGCGGAGAAGCAUGCGGAGGUCAUGGAGUCUGUGCAGGAAAUGUUGUCCAAAGGCUCUACGCAUGUUGGUUCUGCCCCCGACAACACCACGCUGUGCCAUGAACAGUUUUUCACUGUGCUGGUGCAACACAUUUUGUCUUUCCCGCUCGUGCUCGCGCGUCAGCCCACCGUGAGCAACGCUCUCGAUGAACCCUGCAAGCUGGUUUUGCAGCUUAAUACGAUGUCCGCCCUGCAGGAAACACUGGCCCCACACCUGGGCCUACUCGCGCUUUCAAGUGCAGCCGCGGGCCACACAACACCGCUCUCUAACGUUGUUCCCGAACGUGUCGAGCAACUCACAACGGAACUUACAUCGGUGCUUUCCAAAUGUGCUGUGCGGCACUACUUUUGCCGACGUCCACACGACAGUGUGGCACCGGCGGUGGCAGGCGGAGAGGAGUUGGCCAGCAGCUGCAGUAUCAUUACUCUGGGUGCGGGAGAGACAUUUGAACUAGAUUGCGAACAGCUGGACGCGUUGACGAUUUCCGCGCAGCUUCACGCGUUUUAUGGCAAUGUGGCGGCGUCAGGCCGAGCCUACAUUCCUGUCAUUGCCGCAGUGCGAUCACCCCGUCUACGGGAACAAAUUGCCCAGGGUGUCUUACGAGCACUAUGCGAUGUGUAUGAUUUACGCUACGAUCGACUUCUUAAGCUUCAACAGCAGCCAACUUCGGCGAAUGCUGAGGCGACAGUGGCGGCUUCGCCGACGCUUUUUAAUGACCUUGACCCGAGGAAGCUGCGCAUUUUACUUGAGGUAGCGCCAUCGCGAUCGAGCUGA